AUGGAGGCCCUCUCCCCGCGUUCAACAAACCAGAUGAUCAAACCCAAGCUGGCCAUGGACGGGAAACGUUUCGAUAAAAAUGUCGCUCCUCCGAGUAAUCAACAGAAAGCCGCGGUCUCGAAGAACCACGCCGAUCCACCGCCGCCCGUCGUGACCGAACCGGAGGAUGGCGGGGAGCAAUAUGCGAUAGGUGGAUUCCUGGGAAAGGGCGGCUUUGCUGUGUGCUAUGAGGGCUCAUUGGCACGCAAUGGGCGAGUAUAUGCCAUGAAGGUCGUCAAAUCGGAGAUGCCGCAAAAGAAGAUGGAGGAAAAGUUUCGAACCGAACUUCAAAUCCACUCUAAGAUGCGCCACCCGUUCAUCGUUCAGUUCUACCGUGCGUUCGCCUUCGGGUCCAGUACUUAUGUUGUUCUGGAGCUGUGCCCGAACGGAUCGGUGAUGGAUAUGGUUCGAAAACGCCGCUGUUUGAGCUUGCCAGAGGUCCGCCGAUUGAUGAUUCAGCUUUGCGCAGCUGUCAAGUACCUUCACAAGCGAUUUGUUGCACACCGAGAUUUGAAGAUGGGCAAUUUGUUCCUGGACCACAAUAUGAAUGUCAAAGUUGGAGACUUUGGUCUGGCAGCAAUGAUCCUUUCCGAUAAAGACGCCAAACGACGAAACACCCUAUGCGGUACACCAAAUUAUAUUGCCCCAGAAGUGCUAGACAAAAGCAAGGGAGGUCAUACACAAAAGGUUGACAUCUGGUCCCUAGGUGUGAUAUGCUUUGCUAUGCUCACAGGGUUCCCGCCGUUUCAAUCAAAAACACAGGAAGAGAUAUACAAAAAGGUCCGGAACCUGAGUUAUGUGUGGCCGAAGGAAUCGGAAACAAACAACUUUAUACCAGAGGAAGCAAAGGACUUGGUUGCCAGCUGUUUGAAUCUCGUUGAUGAAGAAAGACCCGACCCGGAUGAUAUCGUUGAGCAUCCAUUCUUCAACAUGUACGACGGCUGUAUCCCGCGCCAACUGGACCCCUCUUGCCGAUUCAACAAACCCCUAUGGCUCAAGGAUGCUUCACCGCGAGGUGAUGCUGUGGUGAGUGGCUACGGACUGGAUUCCGACGAGAAGCUGCGAGCCUACGUAUACCAGGUGGACGACCCCAGUCAACGAUACCAUUCUUGCAGGGCUGCAUUCUACUCUCUAUGUGGCGUGGGACGGAAGCCUGAUGGUACUGCUCGCAAAUCAGUUGGUAGGAAUUGCUCCAAGUCGGCAUUUUCAGAGUGCGAUGUAGAGGAUUCCAGAGGCUUACGGCCAGUAAUUCCCCUCGCUCCUGACUUCGUUUACCGAUGGCCACAUGAUUUCGAAGGAGACUGGUGCACGAUGGAGACAUCUCGCAAGGUAGUCCGGGGUGAAGAGUCACUGUUUAAUAGUAGCACGAUGUCAACGAUGUCAGCACGAAGUGUUCCGACUCGUCCCAACUCCGUGGGAGCAUCGCGCACCAAUGCUGCCCUGGCUGCUGCCCAACAGCGCCGACUGGAGGGCCAAAGUCAUGCCGCCACGCUUCGACAGCAGGCUCGUGUACCGCCUAUGUCACCGCGAAGAGCACCCGUGGUCGCCGAUCCGCCUCCAUCCUCCAGGCCCUACCGCGACAUGGCUCCGCCCGAGGCGAAGCCCGCAGUGGAUAGAGAAGCACCAGCUGGAGGACUCGCAGAACGACCUAUUCGAACGCGGCGAAUGGCAUCUGCGUCUCAGGCCACAACUCUGAGGAGCAAAGAUACAGAAGUUGCCCCACAACUAACCAAGUCAACAAGCAUGCCCAAUGGUCUGACUGUAGGCAAAACUCGCUCUCAGUCUCGCAGAUUGGCAGCCGCUGACCAGGAGUUGCCACAGCCUUCUAUCCCAGCGAAAGAGCGGCAACCGCUCACAAGAGCGGAGGAACGGAGACCCACGGUCACUCGUCAACCAUCCACGCGGUCAUCGUCCCGAGCGGACUUGAGAGCUGCACCACCGCGACUUGAAAGACCCAGAGCAAGUCCAAUAGAAGAGACUGCCCCUUCUUUGUCAUCGCAAUCAAAGUCUUCAUCUGAUUCACAGGGACUCGGACGGUCAAACUCCAACGGCGUCAGUCGAUCGAACAGCAAGACAACUAGUCGUGCCCGCUCUUCCCUAGGUGUCAGCCCACUCUUCCACCCAGAAGAUCCAUGCGAGCUACUUCCUAGAACCUCCUUGACUGAAGUCAACACCGAUUUGCGUCUUAUGCUGUCGAAUUUGGUCAAUCACGCACCAAGCAGAAGGAGAGGCGGCGCACGGAAACAACCACACGCUUAUGUGAUCAAAUGGGUCGACUAUACCAAUCGGUAUGGUAUUGGAUAUGUGCUGGACGAUGGAAGCGUUGGUUGUGUUUUCAAAGGCGAAAAUAACCAACCGGCAACGAGCGUUGUUGUGCGGGAUGGAGAAAGACACAUCCGUCGCAAGGCACGUAGUGUCGAAGAUGAGAAAAGCGACCAAAAACCAAUAUACUACUCCGAAGCGGACCAGCUUGUUCCUCGCACUGGUCCAUCUGUGGAGUUCUAUGAGAAUCGGGACGAUGAGCUCCUGGGAUGUCGUGGCAUUCGACGAGCCAUGAUCUCACCUAUGCUAUUCGACCCCAAAACAUCAAGAGCGAUGAGACUUCGCUCCAGUGCUGGGACGGAGUCUGAGCGGGCUGAUGCAGAAAAAAUCAAGCGCAUGAAGCUCGUCGACCAGUUCGGCAAAUAUAUGAUCGGAGCCCUUGGUCGCCACGGUGACGAAGGCAUCAUGGACGCUGAUCUGCCUCAGCAUAAUAGUGCCCAGUACAUCAAGUUCUACCAGCGUCUCGGAAACGUUGGUAUUUGGGGUUUCGGAGACGGGGCCUUCCAAUUCAACUUCCCUGACCACACAAAACUGGUGAUUUCACCCGGCCGCACUCGCAGCUCUUCUCCUUGGAUUGAUUUCUACCACCUUUCUCCCUCCGCUGCCCGCUACUUCACCACAAAAGGCAAGAUGCAUCCUGCCGGCUUUGACACACGUGCUGUCGCCUCGGAUGAGGCCGCCACAUUCCUCAGCAUCGCCAAUGGCGACUCUCUUAAUUCCAUGGAGGAUCGUAUUCGUGACAUCCUUGACGCAAACGCCUUCAUUCAGAAAAUCGCCUUCAUCAAAGAUACCCUCAGAGUCUGGAUCAAAUUUGGACGAUUGGGUGGCCGCCCUCCCUCAGUCGAAUCAUCAGAUUCGAUGCCCGAUGAGGCUUUCUGGCAGGGGACCCAAGAUCGCCCACAGCCGAAGUCCCCUGGCACGAAAUUCGUCUGGGUCACAGUGGGUGCUCCCGAUGGUGACGGUCAGUAUCGAUCCGUCAUGAUACAGGAUGAUGUGCGCGAGGUAGCCAAACGGGUGACGACCCAUGAGAGGGAUAUGGACCUUCUUCAAGACCGUCUCCAUGCGCUGCGCUGA